ACUGGACAACCGAUGUCACAAAACACAAAGGUUAUGAACACCUGAGACCGGGCUAAGUCCAUGAGAGCUAAUCUACAAAUAAUCGAAAACAAGCUCCACAACGAUGUCACACUGAUGGAACGGUCUGUCUUGCAGGUCGAAGCCAUCAUGGAGCUGCUGGAAGUCUGUUUGAGAACCACCUGUUUUCAGGUCGACAAGUUCUUCCAACAGAAAGAUGGCAUGGCUAUGGGAAAGUCUCUCUCGCCUGUCGUUAGCAACAUAUUCAUGGAGCAUUUUGAAAAACUAGCUCUUGACCCAGCACCGUACAAACCAUCAUUGUGGCUGCGAUACGUGGAUGGCACUUUUGUAGUCUGGCCUCUUGGUCCAGAGAGAUUACAGGAUUUCUUCGACCACCUCAACAGUAUGCAUUGGUACUGGGAAUGCGCAAGACAUCAGCAACAUUUCUCAACUUUUACAGCGCCAGUGAUGAAAGAUAUUGUAACGUGGAUGGCGCAACGGGAAGUAGGGGUCACGUGAACUCUGUUUCGCGACUGACGUCACAUACCCCCACCCCUUCCAUUAUUACCAAGGCUCGGUGAACACUCCGUUGCCUACCGCGGUGACGUAACAUCACUCCCCAUUAUGACGUAACGGGCACCGCGGUUUCUAUACAGCAAUAAACAACUCUCGGCAGCGUUCCCCAGCAACGCCUGUAAGCACGACGUUACCCAGCAGUGGUAGCUAUCACGUAAUUGUUUUCUGUGUUGUCAAUGCGGAAGUUACUAGAGUAGUGAUUACUGAGUAUUGAGCCAGUCACUAGAGAGAGAGCAACCAGUCAGUUGGAAUCUAGCAGUCGCCGAGUCGGGUUGUAUUGAGUGCAUGGCAGUGACUGCAGCAGGAGAAGUAAUUGUAAACUGUGUGAGUGCAAGAGCGAGUGUAGAAUAAAUUCGUUAUAUUCAAGACGGCGUGAAGUUAUUUGUCGCGUGACAUACACCCAACACUUGACAAUAUUAUAAGGUAAUUGGAAGAACGUACCGUCUCGACAGUACACACGCAAAUCAUAAAAGCUCAACUUCCGCAGCGUGAGGAUUCUAUUUCCAUUCUGUGGCAGUCAAAACUUGUACUCUUCUCCAAGUACAAUUAGAGAG